GCGGUAAGAUGUGAGUGAAAUCUCAGCCCCUGUGUAGUCAGAACUCUUUCCUCUCCACCUCAAAUCAAACUAAACUGAAAACUUGACUGCUAAGGUUGCUGGCAUGUGAUGUGAGCAUAGUAAUUAGUGGCUGGGAUUUCAGAAAUACUCCUUAUGGAACAGGCUGACUACAAAAGGCAAAAGAAAUAUAAAUAUUGCCUUAGUUCUUAUUUGAAUUGAUAAAACCGCCUUCAGACAAAAGCCUGGGUACAGCAGGGUUGGAUUUUCUGCUUUUGCUCAGCUGCACAGUUCCUGGCUGAAGAGUUUGAGCAUGAUGAACAGCAGCUGUAAUCAGGAGGCAAAUAACUAAUAACCUGGUCCAGCUGCUGUGGGGGAGCCCUGAAGUAAGCUCCCCCAAAGCACAUCGAGGCACCCUUUGCACGUGUUAUUUCAGAGCAUAAAUUGCAGAAAAACCAGGUUCUUACACAGCUGAAUGCAGUUUGGGCUAUCACCACUGGGGGUUUUCACUGAGCCUUCUGUGGGAGUUAUAUUUAGGAUUGUGUAGCCAGGCAAUAAUACAGGGCUCUCAGAUGCUGUGAGAUGGAGGAGGAAGAGUGUGAACUGUUUAAAAAGUAGAGUUAAUAGCUAAUUAGGAGGCCUUCAAAGAUGCUUUUGCUUCAGAAGAUGCUCACUUUCAAAGUGGAAAAUUGCUGUUUGCCAUCAGCUCAUCUUGUGUUGUGUUCCAAACUUUUUGUGUCGUUCGCUGGGAUAAAUUCAAGAUUUAAUUGUGAGCAUAGUUGAGCAUCUGGAGAACUCCUGAUGAAGUCAAUGAGAUCUGACAGCUCCUCCUUGGGGACGGCUGAGACAGCUCGCCAAUACCUCUCACUCGCCACCAUGUUGGAAGAAGAUAACGACGAGACAUGUUGGAAUAACCUGGAAAACUACCGUGUGAAGCUGAUCUCUGUGAUAGAUCCUUCCCGUAUAACACCCUACCUUCGCCAGUGCCAGGUGAUAAACCAUGAUGAUGAAGAACAAGUUCUCAACGACCCCAGCCUGGUCAUGCGCAAACGGAAGGCAGGUGUUCUCCUGGACAUUCUUCAGCGAACGGGGCGCAAGGGCUUUGAGGCGUUUAUGGAGAGUCUUGAGCUUUAUUAUCCACAGCUCUACAAGAAGAUAACCGGCAAGGACCCAAGCAGGGUUUUCUCUAUGAUCAUAGACACGGCCGGAGAGUCCGGCCUGAGCCAGCUGCUGAUGAGCGAGAUCAUGAAGCUGCAGAGGACAGUGCAGGAGGAGCGGCAGAAGGCCCAGGAGCUCACCGUGUGGCUGCACACCAAGGAGAACACGAUCAGAGAGAUGUGGGUGAGGGACAGCCUGCUCCGCAAGCACCAGGAGCGGGCGCAGAAGAUGAAGGAGGAGCGGGACAGCCUGAGCAAGGAGCUGCGCAAGUGCAAGGACGAGAACUACAACCUGGCCAUGAGCUACGCCAAACAGAGCGAGGAGAAGAGCGCUGCCCUCAUGAAGAAUCGGGACCUGCUCCUAGAGAUCGAUCACUUGAAGCACAGCCUCAUGAAGGCUGAGGAUGACUGCAAGCUGGAGCGUAAGCACACAAUGAAAUUGAAGCAUGCCAUAGAGCAGCGUCCAAGCCACGAGGUGAUGUGGGAGAUACAGCAGGAGAAGGAGUUGCUUUUGGCCAAGAAUCAGGAGCUGGAGAACACUCUCCAGCAGGUUGCCAGGGAACAAAAUUUGGAGAAGAGCCUCUCCAAUGAAACUCUGGAGAACGACUGCAGCCAGAUACUGGAGCGCCGCAAGCUGAUGAACACCGUUUACAACCUUCGCAGGGAGCUGCGACGAGCCGAGGUGCUCCAAGACAAAUACGCAGAAGAAAAGGAGAUGCUUGAGCUACAGUGCACGUCCCUGAGGAAGGACACCCAGAUGUAUAAAAAACGGAUCGAAGCCGUCCUGCAGCAGCUGGAGGAAGUGGCUUCAGAAAGAGACCAGGCACUGCUGACCAGGGAACAGUUCUACACGCAGUACUCCAAGAACCUGGUCGAGAGGGACACCUACCGAAAACAGAUUCGGGAGCUGGGGGAGCGAUGUGACGAGAUGCAGCUGCAGCUCUUCCAAAAGGAGAGCCAGCUACUGGCUACUGAAGCCAAGCUGAAAAGGUUGCAGCUGGAGCUACCUGCACUGACUUCUGACCUGGAUGACACCUCUUCCAGAGAUUCCCAGGAACUUACUCUUCAUGGUCAUCUAGAUGAAGAUGCACAGCUGGCUAAAAAAGACUGCCCUGAAGGACAAACCCAGCAAUUUAGCACCCGAGAGAGCAAUCUGCCUCUGGAGUCACCCACUUUCCAGGAGUGUGGCUUGGCCAAUGAGGAACUGGCAGAAAAGGAGCGGAGGAGGAUGAAGGACUGCUUUGAGCGUUACCGAAGGUCUGGCCUUUAAAAAAGGGCAAUGCGAAGAGUACCAAAGGGGCAGCACCACGAAGCAGACUGGGAAAACACCACGGGCAGCGACAACACUGACACCGAGGGCUCGUAAAGGCAGGACAGCAGAGAGGCUGGGGGCUGCGGUGUGAUCUGUAUUUGUCUCUACAAAUAGACUACUUGGAUCUUAAAACCAUCUAAACCAACGUGUAUGAGAAGUUAGCUUGUACCUGGACUAUAACCAACACUAUGAGAAGUUAAAGUGUGUAACUGGACUGUGUAACUCGUGCCUGCCCCCGUCCAUCUGUCAGUGAGAACUUUGUCCUUUAGAUGCACAGUAACGUGAGGGGUGUGCAGUACAUCAAUAAACAGGGCUGAGGCUCGGAGCCCUUCGUG